AAAAAGGCAAUGAUAAGUGAAAAUCGUACAUUUCAGGUGAUAAAGUUACCAUUGGCGAUGUGUCAUUCAAACUCAAAGCACCGAAGAAUCCAGAACUUGUUCCAGGGAACUACAUUUCAGAGCCCCUGGCGCAGUCUGUCACCCAGCAUCUACGAUGGAUUAUGCAGAAAGACCUUUUGGGGCAAGACGUCUUCCUUAUUGGACCCCCCGGGCCCCUGCGGCGAUCUAUAGCAAUGCAGUACUUGGAGCUGACCAAGCGGGAGGUGGAGUACGUUGCCCUCUCCAGGGACACGACAGAAACGGAUCUCAAGCAGCGGAGGGAGAUCCGGGCUGGCACCGCCUACUACGUGGAUCAGUGUGCCGUCCGUGCUGCUAUGGAAGGUAGAGUCCUGGUUCUGGAAGGGCUGGAGAAGGCGGAGCGCAAUGUCCUGCCGGUGCUGAAUAAUCUGCUGGAGAACCGGGAGAUGCAGCUCGAAGACGGCCGUUUCCUCGUCUCGGCAGAACGUUACGACAAACUGCUGAAGGAACAUAAAAAAGCCGAGCUGGAUGCAUGGAAACUUGUUCGAGUCAGCGAAGACUUCCGAGUGAUUGCCUUGGGCCUGCCUGUUCCCCGGUAUUUGGGCAACUCAUUAGACCCACCUCUUCGGUCUAGAUUUCAAGCUAGAGAUAUUUACUGCCUUCCCUUUAAGGAUCAUCUUGCACUGUUAUAUUGCAUUGGCUCUAACGUUCCAACGGAGAGAAUUUCCCAGCUGCUGUCCUUUGCGACAACUCUGUGCAGCCAAGAAUCUUCUGCGUUGGGGCUUCCAGAUUUCCCUUUAGACAGCCUGUCGUCUGCCGUAAAGAUUCUGAACACCUUCCCAAUGAUGUCCAUCCAGAGCCUAGUCCGCUGGCUUUAUCCGUAUGAGGUUCUGCUAGGAAAGGAAGGGAAGACGGCAGUGGAAGAUGCUUUAAAAAGGUUUGAGCUCCGGGAUUCAACAAAACCUUCACUUCCUACAAGAGUUACAAAUGUCAGAAAGAGAGAGAAUGACCAGAACUUCCAGGCUGACGUGACGGUUCACAUAGCUGGGAAAGAAGUGACCUUUCAGGUUCCUGCUGGGACGGAACCCACCAAUCUGUGUUCGGGGCCAGGGGGCUUCAUCCGGACUCCCAGCCAUGAGCAGCUGUUGGCAGAAAUGAUGGUGUCUCAUAUGGUCAAAGACAUCUGCUUGAUUGGAGCCAGAGGCUGUGGGAAAACAGUGGUUGCUAAGGAGUUUUCAGAUGCCUUAGGAUACAGCAUAGAAUCCUUCAUGCUCUAUCAGGAUAUGACUGCCCGAGACCUGCUGCAGCAAAGGUGCACCCUCCCGAACGGAGACACCUCUUGGAGACCCUCCCCGCUGAUCACAGCCGCCCUCGAAGGGAAGCUGGUCAUCCUCGACGGCAUCCACAGGGUCAACCCGGGCACCCUCGCGGUCCUCCAGAGGUUAAUUCACGAUCGAGAGAUUGCUCUUUAUGACGGGGGCCUCCUGCUCAGGCAAGACAGAUAUGAAAAGUUAAAAGAAGAGCUGCAGCUGUCAGACGAAAACCUGCAGCAAAGGUCCAUUUUCCCCAUCCACCCGUCCUUCAGAAUCAUUGCUUUAGCGGAGCCCCCGGUCGUCAGCAGCGCCACGCAGCAGUGGCUGGUCCCAGAGCUCUUAACCCUCUUCCUCUUCCAUUCUGUGAAGCCUCUGAGCAAGAGGGAAGAAAUGAGAGUUCUCAACGAGAAGGUGCCAAACGUGCCCAGUGCUGCGGUGGAGCAGCUGUUGAAGUUGACACACAGGCUUCGUGAGACUCAGGACCCCCGAACGCAGUCGUUGGCAUCGUCCUUGUCCACGAGGCAGCUCCUGAGGGUUUGCCGGCGGCUGUCCCACUACCCAGAUGAGAGCCUCUACCGCACAAUCAAUAAAGCUUGUCUUUCUCGGUUUCUACCUAGCCUUGCAGCAUCUGCCUUACAUAAAAAUCUGCUGGACUGUGGAAUUCAUGGAAGCGCCGCCGAUACAGAGGAGACAGACGCCAAGGCUCUGAGUUGUGAAAUCAACAUGGGAGUCUUGAGGAUUGGUGCUGCCACCAUCCCAGUGCACAACCCCGACGCCAGGAUGAAGGUGCCGGACGUGCUCUUCUAUGAAAACACUCAACAUAUGAUGGUGAUGGAAGAUAUGCUAAAAGACUUCUUGCUUGGAGAGCACCUGCUGUUAGUCGGCAACCAGGGUGUGGGGAAAAACAAAGUCGUUGACAGAUUCCUUCAGCUGAUGAAUAGGCCAAGGGAAUAUUUGCAGCUACAUAGAGACACCACUGUCCAAAGUCUUACACUGCAGCCUUCUGUAAAAGACGGUCUUGUUGUGUAUGAGGAUUCUCCACUUGUGAAAGCGGUCAAGUUGGGUCACGUUUUAGUUAUUGAUGAGGCAGAUAAGGCGCCAACAAAUGUCACCUGCAUUUUGAAAGCUUUAGUGGAAAGUGGAGAAAUGAUCCUCUCAGAUGGAAGGCGCCUCGUUGCCAAUCCUGCGAGCGUGAGCGGGAGGAAGAAUGUGAUAGUCAUCCAUCCAGACUUUAGGAUGAUAGUUUUGGCCAACAGACCUGGAUUUCCUUUCUUGGGUAAUGACUUUUUUGGAACACUAGGUGAUAUCUUCAGCUGCCACGCAGUUGAUAACCCGAAGCCAACCUCGGAGCUGGCGAUGCUGCGUCAGUACGGGCCGGAGGUUCCGGAGCCGGUCCUGCAGAAACUGGUGGCUGCUUUCGGGGAGCUCCGGAGCUUGGCUGAUCAAGGAAUCAUUAAUUAUCCUUACUCAACGAGAGAAGUCGUGAAUAUAGUCAAGCACCUGCAGAAAUUUCCAACAGAAGGACUUGCAAAUGUCGUCAGAAAUGUCUUUGAUUUUGACUCCUACAAUCAUGAAAUGUGUGAGAUUUUAAUUAGGAUCUUACACAAGCACGGGAUUCCAAUUGGAGCAAAACCUACCUCCGUCCAUCUUGCCAAGGAGUUCCCGCUGCCGGAUCCAAAAUUUAUGGGCUACUGGAAAGUCAACCAUUUGGGCAAAGCACAACAGAAACUUUUGUGCCCAACUGAAACACGUCGCAUCGAUGUAAAGGGCCCACUGUACUUAAAUGUGCAGGCGUUCCCCCUGGAGAGACAUGAAGCCAGGUCCCAGAGCUUCACCGAAGAACAGAUGUUUUGGUCUCUGCCUUUGAAUGAAGUUAAUUUAGUGUGUGACGUUGCUGUGGCACAAGAGAACGAAACCAAAACCUCCCUUUAUGUGGCUACUUGCAAUCCAGUGUCUUUAUACUUCAUGGAGAUGUCCAGUGCAAAAGGACACUACGUGGACUUGUAUGACAUCUUCCCAAGGACGGUCGGAGGCAUCUGGCAGCCUAUGGUGACUGUGGCCCCCCUGGGAGAGCCACUCUGGGGACAAGUCAUUCUGCACGAAGAGCAGACGAACGCUAUCCUGCUGCUGGACACCAACACUCGCACCAUACGCCAACUUCUGCUGUCGCCAGAGAUGCGGGAGGCUCCUAGAAGGACUUCCUGGUGGGGCAGCAAAGGAGAGAGGAGUCAUAAAAUGUGCAAAGAGUUUUCCCACAAGAACUGGCUCGUGUUCUACAAAGAAGAAGGGGGCCACCUCGUUGUUCUCGAUGCCCUGGAGGGCCGUGCUCACACCAUCUCACUCCCCAUCAAGCUCCAGUCGGUCUUUUUGGUGGCUGAAGACCAGUGGCUCCUUGUGGAAAGCAAGACAAACCAGAAAUACCUUUUGACGAAGCCUGUGCACAUGGCGUCUGAAGAGAGUCACGUUUGCCAGUUGUAUGCCGUGAGUGAGGAGCCCGUGGAGGCUGGGUUUGGAGUCACCACAGCUUCAGAACUGAUUGAGCCGCAGAUUGUUGCCAGUGACCAGCUGUCUCCAGAGAACCUCAGUGCAGCCAUUGGGCAGAAGAUCAGCUCGCCCAACAGAGUGCUCUCUGAUGAGCAGAAUUACGCCACUGUGGUGGUUGGCUUCCCAGAUCUCAUGUCCUCCAACGAGGUCUACAGCUGGAGGAGAGACUCCACCCUGGGCAAGAAACAGCCUUUGCCUUCGGACCCCCUUUACUAUGGAAGGCCCAGCCAAGGCAGGAGGGCAAAGCGGAGCAACUGUGUGACUCUCUCAGCCGCCAACCAGGUGGUCAGAGUUCUGUCUCCUGGAGAUGUGCCUCUGAAGGAACUUUAUCCCAAAGAUGUCACCCCUCCUCAGACUGCUGGAUAUUUGGAGAUAACAGACCUUACGAUCAAGAAACUUAAAUAUAUACCUGUUCCCAGGUCAACCUCCCUGACUCCCUAUACUUCGUGGCUGUCCGUGAUUUCUGACACAGACGUCCUCUUGGCAAAGCUCGGCGAAUCCGGUGUGGUCACUGUGGAUAUGGGGGGCAACGUCAGGCUCUGGGAGACCAGCUUCGAGAGCCUGAAGAGAUCCCUCCAGGAAUGGAGGAACAUGAUUGGGCAAGAGGACGGCAGACCCGUGCAGAUAACCAUCGAGCGAGACAGCGGCUUGGAUGUCAGUUCUCCAAAGCACGGGAAAGUAGAUGUGGACAAUGCUCCUCACGUUGGUGGAAACACCUGGGCUGGUGGGACAGGUGGGAGAGACACUGCUGGCCUGGGGGGCAAAGGGGGGCCGUACCGGCUGGAUGCUGGCCACAAGGUGUACCAGGUGUCUCAGGCGGAGAAAGACGCUGUGCCUGAAGAAGUGAAGAGAGCCGCCAGAGAGAUGGGCGAAAAGGCUUUUAAACAGAGGCUCAAGGAGAUCAAGAUGAGUGAAUAUGACGCAGCAACGUACGAGAGGUUCUCUGGGGCCGUUCGACGGCAAGUUCAGUUGCUCCGCGUCAUCUUGGACAGCCUGCAGGCCAAAGGGAAGGAAAGGCAGUGGCUGAGGCACCAGGCAGUCGGAGAACUGGACGACACCAAAAUCAUUGAUAGCCUGACCGGUGAAAAAGCCAUCUACAAGCGUCGGGGAGAACUUGACCCACAACUGGGGAGCCCUCUGCAGAAGCCCAAGCGCCUCCGCGUGGUGGUGGACGUCUCGGGCAGCAUGUAUCGCUUCAACGGAGUGGACGGGCGGCUGGAACGCUCCAUGGAAGCGGCCUGCAUGGUGAUGGAAGCCUUUGAGAAUUAUGAGCACAAGUUCAAGUAUGACAUUGCUGGCCAUUCUGGAGAUGGUUUCAACAUUGCUUUGGUCAGCAGUGACAAAGUCCCGAAGAAUAACAAAGAAAGAUUAGAAGUUUUGAAGAUCAUGCACGCCCACGCUCAGUUCUGCAUGAGUGGUGACCACACACUGGAAGGCACAGAGCAUGCCAUCCGGGAGAUUGCCAAGGAAGAGGCAGACGAGUACUUUGUCAUCGUCUUAAGUGAUGCCAACCUGGAGCGGUAUGGCAUCCCACCAGCCAGGUUUGCCGAGGCCUUGACCAUCAACCCCCAAGUGAAUGCCUUCACCAUCUUCAUUGGGUCCCUGGGCGACCAGGCCGGCAGACUGCAGAGGACGCUGCCAGCUGGCCGGGCUUUUAUCGCCAUGGAUACCAAGGAAAUACCACAGAUUCUGCAACAGAUCUUCACUUCUACCAUGCUCUCCAGCACCUAGAAAUAAUUCAGUGUGGAAUGGAGCUCCGGAUAAUCCAGAAGAUGAUCUAACAAUAGGACUAUGACUAUUAUUAUGUUCUAUAUAGAAAUAAAUAUUGAAUGAACUCGUCCCCA